AUGUCCCGCAUACCCAUUGUUUCAUCGAACAUCUUACGCUCUGAUGGCGGUGCCUCCAGCUGGAAAUGCGAGCCUAUGAAGUAUUGUGACAAUCGCCGAAGCUUGGCAUUCUGCGGAGAAGUUAUGGGUGGAGGCUCUAGAAUCAACAGUAUGGUUUACACACGUGGCACUGCUGCAGACUAUGAUUACUGGGCACAGCUUGGUCAUCCGGAUUGGAGUUAUGACAAGCUCUUGCCUUAUUUCAUGAAAAGCGAAACUGUGAUGGGCUCACAAAAGUCGGAGUAUCGUGGGACUUCUGGUCCAUGGAUUAUCCGGACAUUUCCUUUUCAUACUUGGGGAUUCGGCGCAUAUCGGCUCUUUUCAAAUGCCGCUAAAGCUCUAGGCUUUAUUCAGAUUGACGAUCCAAACACACCUGACGCCAUGGUUGAUGGAGUUACAACAGUAUACUCUACAGUAAACGAGCAGAGGCAGAGAGUAUCUACCUUUGACGCUUUUCUUCCUCGAGAUAUAGCCUUGGAACGAGAAAAACAUUUGACAAUCUGCACUAACACGAUUUUAUCAAGAAUUGCCUUCUCGAAAGAAGACGGAGUUCCGCGUCCCGAUAUGGUCUUCUUCAAACUUGCUAAUUCGAAAUCUGACAAAACAUACUCGGCUAAAGUCAAAAGAGAAGUGACUGUUUGUUCGGGCGCUCUGGGCUCACCCCAAGUUUUAAUGUUGAGUGGAAUAGGACCCCAGAAACAUCUAGAAGAGCAUGGAAUCAGUGUUGUGAAGGAUCUGCCAGGUGUUGGAUCGGGACUGAGUGAUCAUCACAGUAUUCCAAUUGCAUGGAAAGUUCCAGUCAAGGAAUCACUCACUAGACUGGUGAUCCAUCCAAUGCUAGGCGUACUGGAAUUCUUCAAAUACAUAUUUUUCCGUUCCGGCAUUCUCAGCAUGCCCAUUAAUAAUAUAACUCUAUUCGUUCGAUCCUCAGCACUCAACCAGGACUAUGCUGGAAUUGACAAUGAAAAGCUUGCCACAGCAAGUAGUCAGAUUCAGGAUUUGAUUCCAGACAUUGAGCUCAUGCCUCUUGCUGUCACCGCUAUGGAUGAUUUAGAGGAGCACCAACGUUUGUUUUCCAAAAUGGGCAUGUUCUCUAUCUUGGCCACUCUCGCGAAACCAAAAUCUCGUGGGACCGUUCGUCUUGCGUCUUCAGACCCCCACCAGAGACCCAAAGUCGAUUUUGGCAUCCUGUCAAAUCCUGAAGACUAUGUUGUUGCCCGAGCCUCUGUACGACUUUCCUUGGAACUUGCAGUGACUAUGAGGGCUUCUGGUUUCCCGCUACAAGAGAACAUUACUUUUCCAGAAGAUAAACAGGCCAUAGAUGCGAAGAAUAACAAUGACGAAGAAAUCGAUAAAUUCAUCAGGCGUAGGAUCAGGACGAUAUAUCACUAUUCUUCUAGCUGCAGAAUGGCUCCUGCGGAUGAUGCUGAAUCCCCCGGUGUAGUAGACGAUCAGUUGAAGGUCCAUGGUGUGAAAGGUUUAAGAGUCUGUGAUACCAGCAUAUUCCCACAGAUUAUUUCACAUCAUUUACAAGCACCGGCUGUAAUGGUGGCAGAAAAGUGUGCUGAUAUGAUCAAGACUCAUGGUUGA